AUGAGGAUCCUCAUUAAGGGAGGUGUUUGGAAGAACUCGGAGGAUGAGGUGCUCAAGGCAGCGGUCAUGAAAUAUGGCCUUAACAACUGGCCUCGAGUUGCGUCUCUAUUGGCCAGGAAAAGCCCCAAGCAGUGCAAAUCUCGUUGGUACGAGUGGCUGGACCCUAGCGUCAAGAAGACUGAGUGGACGCGUGAGGAGGAGGAGAAGUUGCUGCAUUUGGCGAAGCUCUUCCCAACCCAGUGGCGAACAAUAGCUCCCAUCGUGGGCCGCACCGCCUACCAAUGCUUAGAGCACUACGAGAAGCUGUUGGACCAAGCCCAGGGCAAGGAUGAGAUGGAUGAAAACGAUCCGCGCCGGUUGAAGCCGGGCGAGAUCGAUCCCCACCCGGAGACGAAGCCAGCAAGGGCAGAUCCCAUUGACAUGGAUGAAGAUGAGAAAGAGAUGUUGUCAGAGGCUCGUGCGAGGCUGGCAAAUACGCGUGGCAAGAAGGCCAAGCGCAAGGCCCGCGAGAAGCAGCUGGAGGAGGCAAGGCGUCUUGCAGCGCUGCAGAAGCGGCGGGAGCUCAAGGCUGCAGGCAUCAGCACCUCAAGGAGGUACAAGUCGCGGAAAUACAUCGACUAUGGGGAGGAAGUGCCGUUCGAGGCCGUUCCUCCGGUCGGCUUCCACGAAGUGGGACCUGAGGAGACGCCCAGGGUUACAAUGGGCAUGGCGAACGUCACCUUGCAGGCCGUUGAGCACCGCAGCCGACUCGAUGAGGAGAGGAGGCGUCGCAAGGAUGACGAGAGGAAGCUGAAGCGCUUGAAGGAUGAAAACCUCCCCGAGGCCAUCGACAUGAUCAACAAGCUCAAUGACCCACAGCAGCUUCGGAAGCGAACAGCACUGAGCUUGCCUGCUCCGCAGCUGAACGACGAGGAGCUUGAAGCCAUUGUCAAAAUGGGUGCAGAUGCAGCCGCUCUCCAAGCAGAAAGCGCUGACACCUCCACGGCGGGCCUGGUUCAAAGCUACGGUGACACCCCCGGCGCCACGCCGGUUCGGACUCCCAGGCGGCCUGAUCCCGUCCUGCUGGAAGCCCAGGUGCAAGCUGGUGUCACGCCGCGCGAGGAGGCGGAAAGCAUGCUGGGUGGAAUGACGCCAGGUGCGACACCUGGGGCCACGCCUGGUGCAACCCCGAAUCCUUUGGCGCAGACGCCUGGGCUCCGUGCUAAUGCGACGGCUGGCCUCACACCGAACCCACUUCUUGGACAGACGCCCGGGCCGGGAGGCGCCACUCCUGGCUCAGGAGGCGCCGCUGGUAAGGGUCUGCGUGACGGGCUGGCCUUGAACCAGGAUGAGGAGAUGGAGCAGAUGCCGGACAGAAUCCGAAAGGCAAACCAACGUAUGCAGAUGCAAGCUGCGUUGGGCAGCUUGCCAGCUCCAAUGAACGAAGUCGAGAUUUCGAUGCCGGACCUCAUGGAGGAGGAAGCUGACACCCAAGCGCCUCUAGAGGAGGAUGCUGCUGAUGCUGACAAGAGACGUGCCCAAGAAGAGCAAAAAAGAUUAGAGAUCGAGCGGCAGAAGCAAAGCCAGCCCGUGAAGCUGGGUUUGCCGCGCCCUGUGCAGACGCAGAUGAUGAUCUUCGAGAGCUCAGCAUCACAGGCUGGAGCUGGCGCAGUGCUUGAAGGGCCCAAGCAUUUGCUGCAGCAGGCUGAGUCCUUGCUGCACGAGGAGAUGGGUGCCAUGGUGACGCGCGAUGCCGUUCUUUUCCCCGUCAAGGGUGCAAAGCCUCCCAAGAAGGCUCCUCCAGCCGGCAUUGACUUCAGCCUGGAGGAGUUGAAGUCUGCGGGCGAGCUUUUGGAGGAGGAGUUGGCGGCUUUUGCGCAGGACGCUGGCGGAGGUCACAACUCAGAGAUGGCCAUGCAGGCGGCCUUCGAGGAGAGUACCAGCACGGAGCCCUAUGUUUUCCUGCCCUCCGCCAAGCGCUACGUGGACGGACGGCUACUAGGGAGAAAGGAACGUAUCGAGUCCGCCAGGCACAAGUUCGAGAUCGUGGACUCCAACCAUCAGAAGGAGAUCAAGAAGUCCAAGAAGAUUGAAGAGAAGAUGGAGCGACUGCUCGGAGGCUACAUGACGAAAGCACGCCAGGCGCUUCUCCACAUCCGCAAGCUGUCCGAGGAGCGGGAAACCGUUGCUAUCGAGACAGAGGUCUUCCAGACCCUGAGGGCCAGAGAAGAGAAGGCCAUUGAGAGCCGUGUCGAGGAACUGAGAGACCAGGUUGAGCAGGAGAAGCAGAGGAACCUGAAAUUGCAGAACCGCUACAAGGCGCUAAAGAUGCUGCAGAAGCAGAUUGAUGACAAGCUGCAAUGA